UUUGUUGACUAGCUUCAGUUCAUCCUGUAAAAUGGCGCCCUUCGUGCAGGCUUGAAUUUACUCACACGCAACGCAGGUGCAGACAUCGAGAUCUAAAGGCUGUUAUUUGAAUAGAAUACGCAGACCAAGAUGUCUCGUCCCAAGUUUUAUGAGCCAGGAGACAAGGUGUUUGCCAAGAUGAAAGGGUGGCCAUUUUGGCCUGCAAGGGUUGAUGAUGUCCCGGAAGGCGGGGUCAAGCCACCCCCAAACAAGUAUCCAAUUUUCUUCUUCGGCACUCAUGAAAGUGCUUUCAUGGGAGUCAAGGACCUCUAUCCAUACAAGGAUUUUAAAGAGAAGUUUGGCAAGCCUCACAAACGUUACGAAGCCUUCAACAUCGGCUUAUGGGAGAUAGAAAACAAUGCACAUGUCAAGUAUCAUGGAGUACACCCUGGAUCCUCUACCGAUGAAGAAGCAGCAGAGGGAGCAGUCAAGACUGAAGAAGAGAUGGAGCCAGAGGAUGAGCAGGAGGAAGAGGUUGAGCAGGAGGAGGAGCAGGAGGAGGAUUCUGAUGCAGGCUUGGUCAUAGAUGAAGGGAGCAAGAAACCAAAGCCAAAGCCCAAGGAAAAGAAAAAGGCUCAACCAAGAAAACGAAAGGCCAGUGGGGAGACUAGCAAGGCCAAGCCCAAGAAGUCUCGCAAAUCAACAAGUAGUGUGAAAGCUGAACCCAUAGCAGAUGAAGAAAGAGGAGACACUGAUUAUGAUGAUACUCCAUCAGAAAAUGAAAGUAGCGGAGAGGAAUUCGCACCUAAGAAAAAAAAAGACAGACGGUCAGAAGGUAAAGGCCGCAAAAGUUCAAAUUCUCAAGAGGACUCCGACGACGAUGAUGAUGAUGAUAAAGAUGAAGCCAAAUCAGCCAAAGACUCUGAUGAAGAGGAAGAAGGUGAUGACUUUGAGGAGGCUAAGAAGAGCAGAAAGAAAACACCAGCCAAGAAACAAACUCCAAAAGAAAAGAAACCUAGAGCAACUCCCAAAUCAAGUGCCAAAAAGAAGUCAGCUGCUAAGCCAGCCUUAGAUUCACCGAGUGACACAUUAUCAAGUAGUGACAGCGAACCUGACUUCCAUUCAUCGUGGAAGAAAAAAGAUGAAGAAAAGAAGAGGAAGAUUGAAGAAAUGAAGAAAAAACAAGAACAAGAGCAGAUGAAGCAGAUGAGAGAAAGAGAACGUAUAGAUGAAAAGAAAGAAAAACUGGAGAAAGCCAAAAAGAAAGAGGAGAAAAAGAAGAGGAAGUCCUCUGAAAGUGAAGAAAAGAUGAAGGCCGAGAGAGAAGAAAUGAAAGAAGAAGAGGACGUGAAAAAAGAGCCAGAGUCAAGUGAUGAUGAAAUCAAAGAAGAAGCAACCCCGCAGAGAAAAGAGAAGAGCGGAGGAAAGUCAAAGGAUGUGGUGGAGUCUGAUGAUGAGGAAGAGGAAGAGGAAAAGAAAGAUCAACAACAUGAAGGAGAUGAUGACAAGGAUGAAGGUUCAAAAGCUGACAAAAUGAAGCGAAAAGAAGAGAAGGAAAAAGAGAAAGAGCGGAAGCGGUUGGAAAGAGAAAAGAGGAAAGAGGAGGAAAAGGAGAAGAAAAAGGGAGAAAAGUUAAAGAAGAAGCAAGAUGAAAAGAGGAAAGAACUGGAG